AUGGCAGAAGGGUCGAACAAUGCCUCUGUUGAAGCGACUCGCGGGGGCCAGCUUCAUGGAAAGGUCGCGUUGGUGACAGGCGCCGGUAUGGGCUUUGGGUCAGAACUUACUUGUGUCCGGGGCUUAGCUAUAACCAAGAAGUUCCAUCGAGAAGGUGCCAAAAUCGUCGCAGUGGACAUCAGCCCCGCCCUCUCCGACAGCGUGGCCGAGUCUUACCCAGACGGCAGUGUCGUGGCAGUCAUCGGCGACGUUUCCAAGGGAGAAACAUGGAACCAAGCGCUUGAGACGGCAGUCAACAGGUUCGGCAAGCUCGACGUCGUGGUCAACAACGCCGGGGUCAUCUACAAAAGUACGCCGAGCCACGAGGUCGAGGAAGAAGAAUUCGACCGCCUCAUGCGCAUCAACGUCAAAUCCCUCUUUUGGAGCUGCAAGGUCAUCGUGCCCUAUCUCCAGAAACGCGGAGAAGGCGGGAACUUCGUCAACCUGUCGAGCACGGGUGCCUCGAGACCGAGGCCCGGCGUAACAUGGUACAACACUACCAAAGGCGCCGUGAGCAUCAUGACGAAGAGCCUGGGAGUGGAAUACGCACCCAACAAGAUUCGGUUCAAUGCUAUACUCCCAGCCCUGGGAGAAACUGGAAUGUGA